AUGCAUACCACUCUCCUGCUGGCCGGCCUCGGCCUGGCCACCCUUUCUUCUGCCGGUUGCCCCUUUGCGGACCCGGCCAACAUCAGGGCCCGAUCCGAGAGUGGCUCGCGAGGGCAUCUUGCCGACUAUGAGGUCGACGACUCUUCAGGCGACCCAUACCUCACAUCAGACGUCGGCGGUCCUAUUGAAGACCAAGUGAGCCUGAAGGCGGGCGUACGGGGCUCGACCCUGCUUGAGGACUUCAUCUUCCGCCAAAAGAUCACCCACUUCGACCACGAGAGAGUCCCCGAACGAGCCGUCCACGCCCGAGGUGCUGGUGCCUACGGCACUUUCACGAGCUACGGCGAUUACAGCAACCUCACCGCCGCUUCCUUUUUGGGCGAGGCGGGCAAGCAGACGUCUACGUUUGUGCGGUUUUCCACCGUGGCUGGAUCGAGGGGAAGUGCCGACACCGCGAGAGAUGUGCACGGCUUUGCCACCAGAUUCUUCACUGACGAAGGCAACUUCGACAUUGUGGGGAACAACAUCCCCGUCUUCUUCAUCCAGGAUGCGAUUCAGUUCCCAGACUUGAUUCACGCCGUAAAACCUCGCGGCGAUAACGAGAUCCCUCAAGCCGCCACGGCCCACGAUUCUGCGUGGGACUUCUUCAGCUCCCAGACCAGCACGCUCCACACCUUGUUCUGGGCGAUGGCUGGCUACGGCAUCCCGAGAAGCUACCGACACAUGGACGGCUUCGGCGUGCAUACGUUCCGCGCUGUGACGGACGACGGCAAGUCGAAGCUCAUCAAGUGGCACUGGAAGACGCUGCAAGGCAAGGCCAGCUUGGUCUGGGAGGAGGCCCAGGUCGUCUCGGGCAAGAACGCCGACUACCACCGUCAGGAUCUCUGGGAUGCCAUCGAGUCGGGCAACGGCCCCGAGUGGGAGCUUUGUGUCCAGGUCUUUGAGGAGGAAGACACUCUCAAGUACGGCUUCGACCUCUUGGACCCGACCAAGAUUGUGCCCGAGGAAAUCGCACCCCUCCAGAGACUCGGCAAGAUGAAGCUGGACGCCAACCCUGUCAACUACUUCGCCGAGACCGAGCAGAUUAUGUUCCAACCCGGACACAUCGUCAGGGGCAUCGACUUCACCGAAGACCCGCUGCUGCAGGGCCGCAUCUUCUCGUACCUGGACACCCAGAUCAACCGUCACGGCGGGCCCAACUUUGAGCAGCUGCCGAUCAACCGCCCGAUCACGCCCGUCCACAACAACAACCGAGAUGGCGCCGCUCAGAACUUCAUCCACCGCAACCGGAACUCUUACUCUCCAAACACCCUGAACAAGGGUCUGCCCAAGCAGGCGAACCAAACCCAGGGCAACGGUUUCUUCACGGCACCGGGGCGCACCAACAACGGCCACCUCGUCCGCGAGAUUUCCGACAGCUUCUCGGACCACUGGUCCCAGCCACGUCUCUUCUACAACUCCCUGACGCCCACUGAGCAGCAGUUCCUCAUCAAUGCCAUCCGCUUCGAGACGAGCCACCUCGAGUCGGACGAGGUCAAGCACAACGUGCUGACCCAGCUCAACAAGGUCUCCAACGACGUUGCGAACCGUGUCGCCGAUGCCCUGGGUCUGGGCAAGCUGGAGCCUGACGCGCAGUACUACCACGACAACACCACCAAGGGCCUCUCCAUCUUGGGCGAGAAGCUGCCCACCAUCGCCACGUUGAAGGUCGGUGUGCUCGCGAGUUUAUCGGCCGAUGGGUCCGUGGGUCAAGGCAAGGAGUUGAAAGACGCCUUCGCCGCCGACGGUGUCCUGGUGACGGUCAUCGCCGAGAGGCUGGCCGACGGCGUCGACUUGACAUACGCGCAGGCGGACGCCACCGCGUUCGACGGCGUCAUCGUCGCCAGCGGCGCUCAGGGCCUGUUCGACGGGACCAUCGCGCCUUCGCCCCUCUACCCAGCAGGGCGACCGGCACAGCUCGUCAUCGACUCCUACAGAUGGGGCAAGCCCGUCGGCGGCGUCGGCAACGCUCUCAACGAAUCGGCCCCGCUCGGCGUCAAAGCCGGUGAGGGUGUGUAUUCGGCGGACGGCGUGAGCACAGUGGUGGACAGCUUCAGGGAGGGCCUAGCGACGUUCAGAUUCACGGACCGCUUUGCGACGGACUAG